CAACGGUUUAGAUGUGGUGUGAGUGAGGUUAGGGCAAACGCAAAACAGCAGGCAGGGUGUGCGUGCGAUGAUAUAUAAAUAGCAGAAUACUACAUGAUAUGAUAGACAGCGAGAGAGGUAGAUAGAUACGGUUUUAGGGCUUAAACGUAUAAUAAAAAUUUGAAGCCGGAGAGAAAAAAAAGCCUCUUCUUUCACCAUCUUAUCCUUUUUCUCUUUAAUUCCAAUCUAUCCAAACACCAUCACAGCUUUGAAGAUGGACCGGUACCAUAAGGUGGAAAAGCCAAGAGCAGAGCAACCAAUUGAUGAGAAUGAAAUCCGAAUUACCAGCCAGGGAAGGAUGCGAAACUAUAUCACCUAUGCUAUGAGUUUGCUUCAGGAAAAAGGCUCGUCAGAAAUUGUGUUUAAAGCAAUGGGCAGAGCGAUCAACAAGACUGUAACAAUUGUGGAGCUGAUAAAGAGAAGAAUUGUUGGUCUUCAUCAAAUUACAUCCAUUGGAUCUACAGACAUUACUGAUACCUGGGAACCACUGGAGGAAGGCUUACUUCCUCUAGAAACCACAAGGCAUGUUUCAAUGAUCACUAUAACUCUCUCUAUGAAGGAGCUCAAUACAUCAUCUAUUGGGUAUCAGCCCCCAUUGCCAGCUGACCAAGUUAAGGUGGCAACUGAUAUUGAGUUUGAAGGAGAGGGGUCACCGACUGCAAGGGGGAGGGGACGUGGUGGAAGAGGAAGGGGAAGAGGAAGAGGAAGAGGAAGGGGAGGCUCCAGAAACUUGCCUGGAAAUGGUUAUGCCCCAGGAGAGAACGAUGAUGAGGGCUGGGAUGCACCUCGUGAUUUUACAAGGGGUAGGGGCCGAGGAGGAAGAGGUCGCAAUAUUGGAGGUGGUGGAAGGGGAGGUUACAAUAAUGGUCCUUAUGUGGAUGAUCAAUAUGAUGGUGAAUAUAACCAAGAAGCACCCAUGCAGGCGCGAGGGCGUGGACGUGGACGUGGAAGGGGAACCCGUGGCAGGGGUCGUGGUUUCAGAUCAAAUGGGCCGACCUUGACAGCUGUUGUACCUUGAGGUAUAAAGAAAAGCUUGUUUCAUUAUGGCGACGCUGUGCGUGUGGUCUGUUUUAUGAUUUUGGCAAUUUAAUAUUCAGCCUAGGACAUGAGUUUGUAUGAGUUUUUAGACAAAUUUUCAGUAGCUUUAUAUUGUCAUGUCAUGUCAUGCCAGCCAUUUUUUUAGUGAGCUUGAGCUUUAUUUUUCCCAAAUUUUUUAUUCUUUGGAUUUUAUUUUGAACUUUACAGUAUCCUUGUGGAAAGUGUAGGUCUAUAAAUACUUAUUCAAUAAGACUCUUUCUUGAGUUUUGACCAAA